CGCUGAAGUCUAGUGGUUUUAAAUUUUCCCCUUGGUGGAAUGCGGACUCUUACUGGCCUCUCAAAAUAGCGAGGAAGCGUUAUCCAAUUCCAAACCCACUAGUCUCUCCCCUCAACCACAUUCAAUCCGCCAUUCGCUUCCGUCUUCCGCCAUUCAGUACACCUUUUGGCGGCAGCAAUGGCUUCUUGUGCUCUGAGGCAACUCAUCUAUCCCACAACAACUUCCAACGUGAAACUCACUCCUCCCCUGCGGACUCAAUCCCCAUUAUCAAUCACCGUAACGAACAACAAACGGAGCUUUGGGGUAAGCCGAAUUCAUAGCCUCCACAACCGGACAGCCGUCGUCAAAUCCUCAAAGGGAAACGGCGGCAUCGUGGCUUCCGAUGACGAUGGAGAAGACGGGGUCUUGCUGGGUACCUUCAAACUGCCAGGGAACACCGAUCUCGACAGAUUUGAACUCUUGCUCUUCCAGUGGGGGAACAGUCUUUCUCAGGGUGCCAAUCUGCCAUUUCCCGUGCCACUCAAGGUAGACAAAGUAGCGGGAGGGGCAAGGUUGGGGUUCAUCACCAUUGAAGAUGGCGGGGAGACGGAUGUUGCAGUGUACAUAGACUGCCUGGUUUUCCCGGCGACGGAGAGUUCCGGCCCGAUUUUCAGAGCCAUAAGGAACGGGCGGCGGAAAAAUGAAACUCCACCCGGUGAGCCCAGAAUCAUGAGAAACCUCAUCGAGGCCCUCCAGAAAUCCAUCCAAAUUGCCCGACUCUAGAUCGAUAGAUACUUCCUCCUGUUUGGGCAAUUUCUGCAAAAUUUGGUUUCAGUUGGAUGAUGAAUUUUUUCAGCCUUGAUGAAUAGAUAUCUUAAUCCUAAUCAUCUCUUUAACAAGUACCUAGUUGUACUGGUUAAGAAAAUUAUGUAAAAUUCUGUUCAACUGAGCUCAAAAUAUUAAGAUCUCAUAUGUAUGAAUUUACACUUUCACCAAACUUCCUCGAAAGCAUCCUCCCUCUCUCGCCACAAUUGAGAGGGAAGGGAUGACAAUUUUGGCUAAAAUCUUAGGUAUUUACUUAAAAACCAAAUGUAACUCUUGCUUAGUUAGGUUGAUUGAGUUGGAUUUUUAAUAUAUGGAUUUGGGUUUUUAUCAUACUCAUUUUAAAGUUAUAGUUUAGCACACGAGCUUAAUGAAUUUCACUAUUUAAU